AUGGCCACAGAUUACUCAGACGUCUCCUUGGUCAACGACAGCCAAAGACUUGAAAGUUCAGAGCAUAGUCCGCUCCUUUCCAGUCGCGAGCCAAGGUCCGAUGGCUUGCCACGAGUGAGAUCUGCGUUGGAAGGAGAGGCUUUGAACCGUGGCGACGGUGACCUAAGACAUGGAGAAUCGUACGACAACGUUCCUAAGGACAAGCGACAGUUGGGACUUUUUAGUGUUGCGUUCCUCAUUUUUAACCGUAUAAUUGGAACGGGAAUCUAUGCUACGCCCAGCAAUAUCUUGCGGUCCUCGGGAAGCGUUGGUGUAUCGUUGAUAAUGUGGCUCGUGGGUGCAUCCAUUGCAGCAUGCGGAACUGCUGUAUACGUCGAGCUCGGCACUGGACUUCCUCGUAGUGGUGGUGAAAAGAACUAUUUGGAAUUCAUUUACCGUCGCCCCAAUCAUUUCCAGGUCCGUGAAGGCUACGAGAAGCCUGAUAAUUUCAAAUGGGAAAAGUUCUGGGAAGGCUCGGGCACUGGACUCAACGCAUUUGUGAGCGGCGUCUACAAUGUCAUCUGGUCUUUCGUCGGGUACUCGAAUGCUAACUAUGCCUUGUCUGAAGUCCGUGAUCCUGUUCGUACUAUAAGACGAGCGGCACCUCUGGCCAUGCUAGCCGUAACUUCUGUUUAUGUGUUUAUCAAUAUUGCGUACUUCGCAGUCGUUUCGAAGUCUGACAUUUUGGAAAGUCGACGGAUUGUUGCAGCUUUGUAUUUUCGCAACUUGUUUGGCCCUACGACUGAAAAGACUCUCAGCUCGUUUAUCGCUAUAUCAACGCUAGGGAAUCUUCUGUCUGGUCAAUUUUCCCAAGGCAGAGGUGUGGAAGCCUAA